GAGCUACGAGGAAAUCAGAGAACAAAAUUGCAAUCUGACCAAUAUUUCAAAGAUUGAAGACAUCAUCAGAAACCCUGAGUUUGAAAAUCAUGGCAUGAUUACAAUUCCUCUUAGUGUCGGAAUCACAGCUGUUGCCUUUUUUCUAGGAUUUCUAAUUGGAAUUUUCGUUGGAAACAAAUGCAAAAUUUCUGACAAGAGACCAGGGUCAUCGGAUAAAAAGGAUAACUACGCAUAUGAGGGAGAAUUACAAUGUCAACCUCGAUUUUAUCAAGAAAUGAGACCAACCUCUGUUGAUUCAGCGGGCAAUUUAGACAACAGUUAUGACGAAAUUCCGGAAAUAGAAAAUCUUCCGAUUGUAGACUUGAGACCUCCUCCUUUACAGACAAGACUGUGAGAAUGAACAGUUUAACCGGGGCAGGCUAAAUUACCUAAUUAUGAACAGGUGUUAUAUGGAUUUCAACAACUU